UCCCGCCUCGGCCUCACGUCAGUUUCUCCCAUUGUCAAUGCCAGCACCAGCACCAAUGCCAAUGCCAAUGCCAAUGCCCAUGCCGAUGUCAAUGCCAGCUCACACCACCAUAAUAUUUCUCUUUCCGAAUAUCAGUCAUGAUGAGAGCCGUUGCUUGUGCCCCUUCUUCGAGGACCUUCUGUAGAGCACUCAGAACGGCUUCAAGAAAUGUUCACUCUCUCUCGGCCCCCGCAAGCCACAGAAACCUGCUCUCUAAGAUAUGGGCCCCAGGUAGCCCUAAGUUGCACAACCCCACGAAUGCAAUGGAUCACCUCUUGAAGUUUGGCUUCCUAUAUCAGGUCGGUAUCAUCUCCUGUCACGGCUACAACACCUGCUGAUUAUACUUCUAGACGGCUUCCGGAGUAUUCCAUAUGCUGCCCAUGGGACUACGAGUGCAGCAAAAGCUGGAAGCUCUAAUGGACAAGUAUAUGUCAAGACUUGGUGAGUUCAGUCUGGAACUCGCGGAUAUCAAAGUCCUUCAAUGAGCUGAUCAAAUUAGGAGCGUGCAAAGUCGGACUCUCUUCAAUAUCUUCUCAGACUCUUUGGGCAAAGAGUGGUCGGCUAUCGCUUGGUGGGUCCGAGGUAGCUUAGCGAAAAGAGCUUUAACUCACUAUGACUUUUUCUAACAUGAUGUUAGCUCUUCAAAUUUCAAGACAGGCGUGGUCAUCGCCUCCUAUUGUCUCCUACACAUGAGGAAGAAAUCACUUCUCUUCUGAGUAAUUUUAGUCCUAAGGCCGAUCGUCUCCCACUCCGUCUGUAUCAAAUAUGUAUGCAUCAGCAACCCAGAGCGAGACACCGAUGCUAAUCUACAGAUACAGCUCGAAAGUAUCGAGAUGAAAAAAGACCCAGGCAGAGGCUCUUGCGUGCACGAGAGUUCUUGAUGAAAGACCUCUACACUUUUGACUCGAGCAAAUCGCUCGCCCUUGCAACCUAUGCUGAAGUGCGGGAAAUCUACGCACGUAUAUUUGACGAGCUUAAGCUACCAUACUUGGUUGCUGAAGCUGACUCUGGUAACAUUGGUGGCAGUCUUAGCCACGAAUAUCAUUUGCCAACACCGGGUGGGGAAGGGGAAGAUUUCGUCAUUACCUGUAACAAAUGUGGUUAUACGGCAAACGAAGAAGUAGUGGCGCGGAAUGAUAUACCCUCUGGUUAUGCGAGCGUUGAAGUUGACUCGCCAUCCCAGAAUGUUAUCGAUGGUGCUGUGGAUUGCUGGUACGGGAUAACAAAAGACAAAUCUACCUUGGUAUACGUUUGGUUUACCUCGAACCUCAAACCCAAGCGAGAAGUCAACACGCAUGCCAUAAAAGAUGUGUUUCCGGAUCUCGACAGCUCCAUUGAGGAUCCCAAGGCAGCUUUCAUGGCCUUUAACACACAAAAUCGAGCGGAGAAGUCGCCAAAACUCCUGAACAUUGUCGAUGGAACUUUCCCGUCGCACCUUCUUGAAAAGCUCGAGUCAACAUUUGAAACUUUUGACUGGGAAGACGCAAUUUACGAGCCCGUGAAACCUAAGGUGCUGAGCACUAUUUCAAGACAUCCAGUCACACAGCGCCCAUUGAAUGUACUACGUAUUCAGGAUGGUGAUUCAUGUGCACGAUGUACCGAUGGAAAGGUGAAGGUUCAGAAAGCCAUCGAGGUUGGCCACACUUUCCACCUAGGGACAAGAUAUAGCAAGCCUUUUUCCGCAAUGGUCACUCUUCCGGAAUCAAGUCAAGCCGACAUGAAAGAUUUCGACCUCCAUGCAAAGCAAAAAGGGGGCAGGGGCACAAAUGUCUAUCUACAGAUGGGCUGUCAUGGAAUUGGUGUUUCGAGAAUCAUCGGCGCAGUAGCGUGUAUACUACGUAAUGACGAGGGAUUGAACUGGCCACGGAUUAUAGCGCCAUUUGAGUUGGCGGUUAUCCCUUCAAAUAUGGACCUUAUCAAAGGUGCGGAGCGAAUCUACGAUAUACUUACUUCAUCGCAGGCAUCAGGCCAGGCACCAAUUGACGCUAUAAUCAGUGAUCAAAGUUCACAUUUACUCGGUCGUAAAAUCAAAGAUGUUAUGGCGUAUGGUAUUCCUGUGUUUGUUAUUGUUGGGAAUAGAUAUACGGUGGAGGGGAUUUGCGAAGUGGAGUGUCCCAGGCUGAAGGUCAAAGAAAUAGUUUCUGUCGCAGAAUUGUCGGGAUGUGUUAGGUCAAUACUGGAUCGGUUGUAAUAAUGGACACUGGCUCAUUCCGACUUGUAAAUAUUUGUAAGUAGAUGUACGAUACGUAGAGGGAAAGGAAGGUACUCCUUUCGUGUGGCAUGUAAGAGAAAUACCAGCAAAUACGUCUUUUG